GUCUCUCGGACCGCAUAGCGUACAAAAUCCUCGAAUCUGAAAAUCGUAUUUCAUCGUCUCCCUCUUCCAAAAUCCACUCAAAAUCGAUCUCCGAUUUCUCUGCAAUUUUCCCUUUAAUUCUUCGAAUCAACGCUCGAUUCGUUCAAUUCACGGUCUCCUCUUUUGAUCGACACCUCUUUCGAUUGUGGCCGUUGAUUCUGCACUUUUCUAGGGUUAGGGUUUCGAGUCUUGUUCUCGUCGGUCCUCUAAUCUCUUGAUUCCUUAUGGUUUUUCGAUAUCCUCUGUGUAUGCCUUAAUUUCCCCAUCAAUUCUCGGUAUAUUAUUGUAGAUUGUUUCGUUUCUCUUUGAUCUUUAGGGUUUCGAAGGUUUCGAAUUUUUCGAUUUGUGUAGUGGUUGUCGGAACCUGUAAAUUCGUUUAGGGUUUGAUUCCUUUCGUUAUAUUUCUUUCGUUAUUCCGUCUCUGUAUCACCCUUUUUUUCUUGGAAAUUGGGUUGUAUCGUUGGUGAAUUCGGAAUUUAGGGUUAGGGUUUCUUUUGGGAAAUUUUAAGGUUCUCUUUUUGUGGAAUUGGCUUGGGGUUUCGUUUCUUCUCAUCUUUAAAUCAUCUUAGCGGUAUAAUCCCGUGUUUUUACGCCAAAUCUAAGUGCAAUUUUUCUCUAUUCUGUCUUUGAGUUUGAAUUCUUGCGAAUUUUACAGGCUAAUGGGAUUUAAAAGGCCCUUUGAUAGUGAGGAGUUUCAGGAGCUUCCUUGUAAGCAGGCUAGACAGGUGGACUACAGCAAUAAGUUAACCCAAUUUGCAAAUUUGUAUAAAACCACGUCUCAGGGACUUGAUGGUACAGAUGAUUAUGAGGGAAGCAUUGUAAAAUCUCAACAGCAUGACACAUUUGAAAACAAUGGUGUCACUGCAGAUCCAAGUUUUGCCAAAGAUGUUGAGGUCAGUGCUCCUUUGCCAUUGGUCACAAGCAGUUCUGGUGAUGAAGAUGUUGGGUACAGGGUAGCGGCUGAAGAUGUUGGGUACAGGGUAGCAGCUUACUCUUCUCAUUCCCCAGAACAUUCUGAAUUUGGUUUUCCCCAGAGAUUUGUUCCUUUUGAGAAUGCGUACUCCUCGUACUUGGAUCGUUCUCCUAGAAGACAAGUUCCUCUUGGACCAGAUCAUCAAGCCAGCAUUCCAAUGUGGGGCGGGCAUGAGAAGAAGUACCCAUUAGAACAAGUAGACUCGGUUGAUCCAAAUAACUUCUCUUCUCUUUCUGGAUCAGACUUGAUUUAUGAUGAUAAUGAAGAGAAGCUGAUGGGCGCAUGCAUUAUUCCGAUGCCAGAUAUAGAGUCCUCUGCAGACAACAGUAAUGAGGCUGGACGUGGCAGAACAGAUUGCAGUUGCCUGGAUGAAGGCUCUAUUAGAUGUGUACGACAGCACAUAAUGGAAGCUCAACAAAAACUCAGAAAAUCCCUUGGACAUGAAAAAUUAAUGAAUUUGGGACUUUAUGACAUUGGAGAGGAGGUGACACAUAAAUGGAGCGAGGAUGAGCAACGGUUGUUUCAUGCAGUUGUGUUUUCAAAUCCUGCAUCCUUGGGCCAGAACUUUUGGAACUACUUAUCACAAGUUUUCCCUUAUCGAUCCACAAAGGAAAUUGUCAGCUAUUACUUUAAUGUCUUCAUGCUUCGGAGGCGGGCUGCUCAGAACAGGUCCAACUUGCUCGAGAUUGAUAGCGAUGAUGAUGAACUGCAUGAAAUAAAUAGGGGACCCUUCGAAGUUCGAGUUUCAGAUGAAGAUGAUGGGUCUGACAUUGAGUCUCUUGAUCAGUAUGGUUAUGCAGAUCAUGGAGAGGAUACUCUUGUUGAAGACGAUGAUGAUGAUGAAGAUGAUGAUGAAGAUGAUGAUGAGGAUGACGACGACGACGACGAUGAUGACGGUGAUGGUGAUGGUGAUGGAAAUCUGGGAGAUGUUAGUGGAGAUGCCACUGGAGAAGAUUCCGGGGUAGAUUAUGUUUCAGAAGCUCAUGAUCUGAAUUCAUUCGAUGGUAGCAGGCUUGAUGCUGUUGUUAAGCAUGUUGACAAUAAUGCAGGAAGCAGUGGGGAAGAUUUCACUGUUCAAGACGACUCAUGCAUGUCGUUUGAGUUCCAAGCUGAUAAGUUUGAAUCUUGUGAUCCCGUAGAUACUGGUGUUGCUUUGCAAUUGAGUGGGGUUAAGGGUGAUGACAGGGAAUGCUUGCCUAGUAACGGGGAUGAAUACAGUGUUGUUGCGGAUCAGCUGUACUUAACGGAUCAUUGUGAUGCUAAGCCUUGGGAUGCCCAUUACACAGUUCCAAUGAAAGGUGUUGAUCUUCUUCCUACAUGUAACAUCAUAGAAGAAAUUUUUGGGGAUGGAACUUCCAAUGAGUAGAUAAAAAAUAACUGUGGCAGCAGCUAGUGCCUUUCUAAGGUCCACAAGCAUGCCUUGAUGUACAGUGUGUCUGGCCUUUGUGUUGGAUCCUGGGAAUUUUCUAUCUAAGCACACCAUGCAAGAAUUUUUAUUUCUCGAGUAUAGGUGGUUUUUUACUUUUAUUUAUUAAAGUAGGAGGAAGGAAAAGGGGGAUUAUAAAAAAAAAAAAAAGCAGAUUUCGGUUUUGGAUUUUGUUCAUGUACAUUCAUAUGUGGAAUUUAACAUUUUGAGAAUUUCGUUAUAAAGCUCCCAUUUUUGUCA